UGUAUCAUGUCCUUUGAACAUUUUAUUACUACUACAUGUGUUAUUAAUCAUUAUGUUUAUAUUUGCAAAAUAUUUUGGUGCGAUGUAAAAUUUAACGAUGAUGCAUUAAAUACGACCUUGGUUUUUAGCCAUGACAGUUUUUCCUAGUCUUUCAUUCUGGGGAGUGUUUGUGUGUACCUACUUUAUUGUGGGAUUUUCAAAUGGAUAUAUUCUGAAGUUUCCAAGCAGACAAAUAAAAGAAGUCCAUGAUUAUCAAGGUAUUGCUGAAAAGAUUAUAAAUUUCACAACAACAGGCAAGGGCAAAGGCCAGGUUUAUAACCGACUUGCAGAGUUUGUGGACACUUUUGGUAACAGAAUAGCUGGUUCCAGAAACUUGGAAAAUGCUAUUGAUUACAUGUUAGACACUUUAAAGAAAGCUGGUCUAGAAAAUGUACAUGGAGAAAAUGUCACGGUGCCACACUGGGUUAGAGGAAAUGAAUCAGCUACGAUGUUAGAACCAAGACGUUACAAUAUUGCACUGAUGAGUCUGGGAAGCAGUAUCGGCACUCCAAAAGAAGGUAUCACAGCUGAAGUUCUGGUAGUGCGGUCAUUUGAUGAGCUGAAGAAGAAAGCUGACCAGGCUAAAGGCAAGAUAGUGGUUUUUAAUGAAGGCUACGAGGGAUAUCCAAAAAGUGUUGCAUAUCGUGAUUACAGCGCCAAGGAAACGGCUAAAGUCGGUGGUGUAGCUAGUCUUAUACGAUCAGUUGCCUCAUUUUCCAUUCACAGUCCACACACUGGCUGGCAGGAUUAUGAUGACAAUGUAAAGAAGAUCCCAACAGCUUGUAUUGCUGUUGAAGAUGCUGAGAUGUUGGACAGAAUGGCAAGCAGAGGAACAAAGAUUGUGAUUCAUCUGAAAAUGGAUGCUCAGAAUCUGCCUUCAGUUACAUCUCGCAACACAGUUGCCGAGAUCAGAGGAAGCAAGUAUCCUGACCAAGUGGUACUUAUAUCGGGUCAUCUUGACAGCUGGGACGUAGGUCAAGGGGCAAUGGAUGAUGGUGGUGGAGCAUUUAUAUCAUGGCAGGCACUAUCCAUCAUGCAGCAGCUUGGCCUGCGACCUAAGCGAACCGUUAGGGCUGUGUUGUGGACAGCAGAGGAAGUGGGUCUUGUAGGGUCACAGCAGUACUAUCAGAGACACAAGGUGAAUAUAAGUAAUUAUGAUUUUGUGAUGGAAUCUGACUUAGGGACAUUUAAACCGUAUGGUAUUCAGUUUAAAGGUUCACCAGAAGCUAGAGCAAUUAUGAAAGAGGUGGUUAGUUUAUUAUCAUCAAUAAAUGCCACAAAGCUGAGUGACGAUCCAGAAGGCGGUGAUGUAUCAUUCUGGAUUCAAAAUGGCGUCCCAGGAGGCAGUCUAUUAAACGAAAAUGAUAGAUACUUUUGGUUUCAUCAUUCAGAUGGUGAUACUAUGUCAGUACAGAGCCCGGAUGAGAUGGAUCUCUGUGCAGCUGUCUGGACCGUUGUGACCUAUGUUGUUGCUGAUUUGGAUGAAAUGCUACCUCGAUAACACAAUUUAAAUAUUUCUAUUUUUUUAACAACCUAUUCUAAUAUUUAAUAUUUUUAAUAUCUUGAACAUACACAGCUAUAACAUUUUCAGCCAACCCUGUAAGUUUGUUUUUGGACACAAUUUGGCCAUUGAAUGUAGGAAGGGUAACAUUUUCAAUAAUAAAUUUUCUUGUUCUUUUAUUUAAUAAAAGCUGCCUGCAUUGACAUACUGUACAAAAGCAUUCAAAUAUAGGGUUCUUUAAAGUGCACAUAAGCCAAUUGUGUACACUGGGCCAACGGUUAUAGUUCUUUUAUCCAAAAAGACUUCUACUGUUCCUCUAGAACACUGGGCUUCUGUGCUAUUCAAUAAUAUUGAGCUUAAACUGCUUGGCCAAUUGGAAAAGGGCCGAAUUGACUCGACUAUUGCAAAGGAACUCAAAUCACAGUAAACUUCUUCAUGAAAACACUAAUUUAUAUAUGACUGAUCAUUUUGAAAAGCCAAAGAGAAAAUAUAAUAUUGUCUUGUAAACUUUCUUGAAUAUUGGAAAAAUUUAUUAUAUUGUUAAAAAAAACAAUAAAAAACAGACAUAAAUGUUGGAGGUAUAAUAUGUAUAGUACAUAAUAACAGUGUUAACUACUUAUUUUAAUGAAAUGAUUUUUUAAAUACUCGAAAAAUAAUCAUGCCUAUUGACAACUGUUAGAAUAGAAAACAUUCUAUUGAGGUGAAAAAUACUGUUGUCAUUACAAUAUAAUAUCAACAACCUUACACUUAUGAUAUAAUAAAUUUGGAAACUCAGAAAUUACCUAAUAAUCAUAAUUUCUAUGAAACUUCAAAAAAUGACUUAUCAAUAUACAUUAUAUAAUAAUACAUUCUUUACUAUGUUCUCCAUCACAUCUUAUGUACAAGACGAUCCUUGGAAGAUGUAAAACAACUUCACCAGCUGCAAUUAACAAAUUACCUAAUAAUCAUAAUUUCUAUGGAACUUCAUAAAUGACUUAUCAAUAUACAUUCUUUACAACGUUCUUCAUCACAUCUUAUGUACAAGCCAGCUGCAAUAUAGAAACUUUUAAAAAUAAAAGCAAGUUAAUAGGAA